UUCCAAAACACCAACAACAUGAAAAGCAACAACAGGAUGUAUCAGCUGCAAUAAAGCAAUUAAAAGCCAAAUCAAAUAUUGUAUCAACCUCAAUCUGCCGACUUCAAAGUGUCCAAAGUGUUCGAAAUGAGUGACAAACCAAAAGGACUUCAAAGCCAAUAACAAUCAAAGAGUGGUGGCAACACAAUCACAUUCAAUCCAAGGAUAGCUAAGCUUAUUUUGUAUUUUUCUAACCAGAAACGCUGUGCUAAAAAUAAUAAUUAAAUAAUAAACAAACAACCCAAAACCAAUAAAGUGCUUUAAACGUUAACAAACUAAUUAAGUAACAAAUAACUGAUAAUUUUGAUACUAGCCUAAAAAUGCCUUAUCCAAGGAGUUUCCGUUCGAAGUGCGCCAAUUUUCGCAUAAGUUUACACUUAGGAUUAAAGAUGCUCUCUCUGGCCGGAGACAUUUAAUAUCAUCCAAAAUGGCUGCAUCCAUAUAUGCCACCCCACCGCCAGAUCUGAGCAGCGAGGACACUGCUCUCUCGGACGUCUCCAACUCAUCGACACUGAACACGAAUCGCGGAACCAACAACAGCAACAGCAACAAUAACAGUAAUAACAAUAACAGCAACAGCACACAUGAAGCCCCAGGAGCAACAGAAGGAGCAACAGGACCAGAAGGAGCGGGAGUGGGAGUCGGAGUGGGAGUGGGAAGGCUUACAGAACUGGAUCUGGAGCCAAAAGCAGCGGGAAGCGGCACAAACGACUCGGAGGAGAACUCGGAGGAGAAGGAGAGGGAGUCCGAAAUGGAGACGGAGAAUGGACAGAGUACGGAUAUGGCCACCAUGGCGGCAGCCAUGCAGUUGCAGCUCCUCGAGGCACUCAGCGAUGCGGCCAAGAAGCGACGCAAGCAGCACAAUCCCAGUCGGCUGGAGGCUCUGAAUCUGAGUGGCGAGAUCAACGACGUGGAGAAGCCCAAGGUGGACUACGAGGAAAAGCUAUCCAAGAUGUUUCUGCCCAAGUCCAUAGAGCAGUUGAAGGAGACCUUCGAGCUGCUGCAGCAGCAGAAGCAGCAGCAGGAGGAGAUGGAGGAGGAUGCAAACCAACCAGAAACGGAAGCCAACAUAUCAUCGACCAUGUCGCCCGGCAAGCAGCGCGAGAAUCCCUACCAGACAUUUUGCAAACAGUGUGGGGAGAACUUUGAAACCGAAUUCAAGCUGAGCCUGCACAUGCUACAGGAUCAUGGGGAGGAACAAGGAUCUGGAAACCAGGAUCCAGCUGAUUUCCUCGCUUCUAUCAAAGUGAAGCUGGAGCGCUCGGAGAGUCCCAGUGCGCAGGAUCAUUUACAGAUGCAACUGCAGCAGCAACUGCAACUGCAACAGCAACAGCAUCAGCAACAGCAGCACCUCCACCAGCAACACCAACUAUCCCAGGACAUAACCAAUGGGCAUGGGAAGGAUCAGGAGAACAGAGACCAGGAGAACGCAUGGUUUCAGGCCAUGCAUCAUCCGCACGGUCCUGCCCUGCCACCGGCCUUUCCAUUCCCGCCCGAGGCCGCCUUGGGCGUGGGUCCUGCAGGAUACUUGCCGCUGCUCGGUAUGUCCGGCUUCCCCGGAGUCGACGGCUUAAAUCGUCCACCUCUGCGCAUCUUCAAUCCCGAGGCCUACUGCGAGCUGUGCAACAAGGAGUUCUGCAACAAGUACUUCCUCAAGACGCACAAGGCCAACAAGCACGGCAUCUUCGAUCCUGUGGGCGAGUCCGCCCCAGGAUCCAACUCUUCCAGCCACCAUAACAACAACAAUACCAACAGUACAAACAACAACAACAGUGGUGGCCCCAAUCCCGGCCUGAGUUCCAUGAGUCAGAUGUUCCAGUUGCAACGGGAGGCCCAGGCAGUCAAGCAGGAUCUGGCCGGAGCAGGACCAGGCUCUGUAGGGCCGGGCGGUGCUGCCCCAGGAGCUCCAGUCGCCUCGGUGCACUGCGACAUCUGCUCCAAGCGCUUCACCAAUGUCUUCGCCAUGCGCCGGCAUCGGGCCAAGCAACACGACUCCUUGCCAGCCAACCAGGACUCGCCCAGUUCGCAGAACCAGUCCCGGCGGGAAAGUCCCACUGAGCAGACCAUAAAACAAGAGAUGCCUCAGGAGGUGGAGCCGGCCAAGCCCUAUCAAUUGCCGGAGGGAUUCCGCGAGGACUUCAGCAUGGAGCAGGAAGAGCUGAGCUUUGUGCCGCCGCCGAAGAAGCUACCUAGUCAUCUCCACCAGCAGGCCAAGGAGGCCAACUUGAGUGCCGAGAAGCUGCGUCGUUUGGGUGUCCAGUUCCCGGAGUUCUACUGCGAACUGUGCCACCGGGAGUAUGCUAACAGGUACUUCUUUCGCACCCACAAGUGGAAGCGCCACGGAGUGUUUGUGCCGCCGGAAGAGGUGACACCCCAGCCCGGGGCCAAGGAGGAUGCCCAGAUGAGCGCCUGGCCCUUCAUGCCGCUGAACCUGAUGCUGGCCAAGGCCGCGGCUGCCUCGCUGGACCAACAGCAGGAAGGCGAGGCGGAAGGCGAACCCGAGCCGGAACAGGAAGGCGAUCAGGAUCAGCCCAGGAAGCGCAUAAAACUGGAGCAGGACACCACACCCACUGAAAGCUACGACGAGGAGAAGAUGAACGGAUCAGUGAUGGGUCUGCAGAACCUACAGAAGCUACAGUCCAUGUUGCAGCAGCUGAACGACAUCAACGGGAAGCGACCACUGCCAUGUCACCUGUGCGGCCGGGAGCUGGAGAAUCAGUACGCUCUGCGGGCUCACCUGAUGACCGAACACGCUGGCCAGAUGCAGCUGCCCAUGCAGAUGCCUAUUCCUAUUCCCCUGCCGGAUCAGCAGCAGCCACAGCAGCAGGCACCCCAUCCCCUUUCGUCUCUAUAUCAUCAGGCUAAUCCCCAGACUCCGCCCGGAACCGGAGCCAGAUCAUCGCCCGGUGGCGGAGAUCUCCGCUGCCAGCAGUGUGAUCGGGAUUUUGCCACGGCCCAGGAAUUCAAGCAACAUAUCGCCGAGGUGCACAUGGGAGGCAGGAGUGGCGGUCUCAACGGCAGCCCCACCCUGCGUGAGGGUUUCUUCACCCCGGAGCGCCCCGUCAUCCCCGGGCCAGCGGGUGGGGGAGCUAAUCCAGCUGCUCCGCCGGGAAACCGGCCGGCAUACACGAUGACGCCCACCAGCAGCUACUGUGAGAUCUGCAACAAGGAGCUGUGCAACAAGUACUUCAUGAAGACGCACAUGCAACGGAUGCACGGCAUUGAGAUCGAGAACGGCGCCCAGAUCGGAGGCGUGGUGUGCAACAUUUGCAACAAGGAGCUCUGCAGCAAGUACUUCCUGAGGGUGCACAAGCACAACACCCACGGCAUCAUCGAGGAGGGCUCGCCCCUGCCCCAGCCCCGAGGUCAAAACGGGGUCAAGCUCGAGGCAGCGGCGGCGGCAGCAGCAGCAGCAGCGGCAGCUCAGCAGAACCAGGAUCCCGAGCAAAUGAACAUCUCUCCCACGACAGUGGAGGGCGGUUCCACAACCUCCUCGAGCUCCAACAAUGAAGUGUGUCCGCUCUGCUCCCGCCAGUUCCGGAGCUUUAAGUGGCUGCGGUCGCAUCUGAUGAACGAACAUGGAUCAGCGGGUGUAGAGAGGCUAAGGGAACUGGAACCGACCGGACCCUCCAACCGCAGCAAGCCCAACAGUCCCACUCUCAAGAUACCCAACGGCAAUGGAGCCAACCCGGGAGCGGGAGCAGUAGCUGGAAACCCUGCCCCCAAUCUUGCCCAGGCCCUACAGAAUCUGAACGCUCAACAUCUUUUCGGGCAAAUGCAACAGCAGCAGCAACAGAUGCCCAAGAUGCCGCCGCUUCCCUUGCCGGGAAUGUUUGGCGAGCAGGCUGCUGGCAGAUUCAAGGAGUACCAGUGCUCCCUGUGCCCCUUCACCACGCCCUACUACGCCUUCCUGUUCAUCCAUGAGCGUUCACACGCCCUGCUAAACAAUGGAGGCGAGAACGUGGAGAUGCCGCCAGUGGAGAUGCCACCUGUACAAGCUCCACCGGCCAGAAGCCACGGAAAGUCCCGCAGCAAGUCCAGCAAAGCUGCCGCCCCAGUGGCUGCCCCGCCAGCUCCAGUCGAUGAGCCUGAGCUGCCUGUGGAGCCCACCAACCUGAGCACGGCCAAAAAUACGCCGCCAUCGCCCCGGCCAUCCAUCACCGCAUCCCCUCCGUCGCCUCCCAAAGCCAGCUCCGUGUCUCCGAAGAUCAGUUCCCCGGCCAAGCCUCCAACCACUCCGAAUGGAGUGGGCCAUCGUUCCGCUGCCACCUCGCCUUUCGAGGGCUGCGGAGAGUUGGCCAAUGGUAGUGGCAAGCCUGCCAGUUACGCGCAACCGGAACGCUCGGAGGAGUCCUACCAGAUGCAGGCCUUCCACCUGCAACCCGCCGAUGCCGAUUCGGAGCUCCAGUUUGCUCCGGCCCUGGUGUACUUGCCAGUCCGGGUGAGGGCCUCCGAAUCCGCCACGCUCAGCUUCCGGCUCACACCUGCCUAAAGGGGACACCAAGUCCAGGUGCAACAUGCAACAGGUGCAGUGUUGCCAGCGUAAGUCACAAACCAUAGAAACAGAUUUGAAGGAUUCCUCUAGAAAUUUUUAGAGCAUCCCGCUAAAGCUUCAAAGUAAAUUUUAGAAACACGAACAAGACAAAAUAGUGGAACUACAAAGACUGAGUGCGCAUAUUAGUUGAGCUCAUAAUUAAACAUAAAUAUAUACAAGAACCAUAUAACUUACAAUCGAUCAAUACCUAAGCCCAAGCAGUGCUCCAUGUCCAACAUGGCACUGAUCAGAUCUAUAGCCUAUAACUCAACAAUAACAAGUCCGUUUCAGCUGGCAGCACUGUGCUAACGAUCAAAAUACUAUAUACGGAUAAAUAUAUAUUUUGAUAGAUGAAUGACAAAUAGCACAAGCAUAAAAUACCGCAAACUAUAACAUACAUAUAUCUCUAGUGAUUAACUAUCAAAGUUCCUAUGCGUAAUAGUAGUUUAGCGAAGAAAGCGAGGAGAGGGGAGAAAGGAGAACGUGUCGAUGGGGAGAAGAAUCCAAAUACGUACAUACAUGCAUAAGGGUGGCAGGAAUAGGAUUUCACUAUAUAUCCCAUAUAUAGUCGGAAUAUAUAUAUCGUAGUAGAAGCUUAAAAUCAAAAUUAACAUUAUACAUUUCUCAUCUAGAUAUGGCGUCGUGUCGUGCUUAGGUUAGGGCUGAAAGACAUACAUAUAUCCAUAAGGAUAUAUCCAGAUAUAGGCGGAAAGAUAAAGCUUCAGCACAAAAUAAAAAUUGCUCAAAAUCAAAAUUAAAUUCUUAGGAUAUUCUGAUAGAUGACAGACACCGGAUUUAUCAAAAAGCGACUAUUUCUUACUCUCAAAAUUAGCCGAUUCGACACUGAUGUCAUCAGAAAAUCAAAACGCACAACGUGUAUAUAGAAUGUUGUUAAAGAUAACUCCAGGAUUUAUCAGAUUUUCAGAAUUAAAUAGAGGAGUAACUAGCGCCAGACAUUUUAAAGUAAGAACUUAACCAACUCAGGGCAAAAGUACAAUGAACAUUAGUACUUUUUUAUACAAACGUAUUUAAAUAAUAAAUCAAAUAAACCACUAAUGUAAUAAAUUAAAUAUAAAAUAUUACGAACGGUUUAAAAUGAAUAUAAACAAGAAUGCUACCUCAGACGGACUUGAAAACAAUAAUUUAAUUGAGAAGAAUUUAUAAAGCGAAAGAUCCUUAAAACUUGACAGCAGAAACCCGAAAAGAUAAAUAAGAUUUUUUGUAGUAACUUUACCUCAAAAUAGAAUUACAGAUUAUACUUUAUUGGUACUUCUUAUAUGCAUUUCCUAUGAUUUACUUCAUUAUUUUAAGUUAAAACAUUCCCCAGACAACCCUAGUCGUUUAAACAAGAAACAAACAUUCUAGUCAAUCUUAUAGAAAUAAAAAUAGUUAUAAAGAUCAAAACCCGAAGCCAAAACUAUCCCUCAGAUCACCAGUUUUGGGCGACAAUUCUCGCAGAUUAUUUUUUAGUAUUUAAGGAAUUUGUUCUUCUAUGAGGAAAGUCACCUAAAACACGAUUUGGGGGAUCUAAAAAAUGAACUGGGAGGCGGCGAUGGCGAAUUUGCUAUAUUUGAAAUAUUCCUUUUUUUAAAAACGUGUGUUUUUUAAAAUGCUGCGUGCCUUUUAGCAAGUUCCUCGCCGCGAACCCAAGCAACAAAAAAUAUAUAAUUUUGAAUUAAACAAAACAAUAGCUUGUAAUUUUAUUUCGUAAUCCAUUUAUUUUAUAGUUUUUAUGUAUCAUAUUAUUUUAUGUAUGUAUAUAUUACACACAUGUAUUUAAUAAAUGUCCUUACAUUUCACUUGAGUUUUUCAUUUUUUUAAUGCGAUUAUUUUGAAGUGUGCCAGACUCGAGCUCUGAAAUCUGAAAUCAAUUUUUAAAAAAAUCUGGAAGCGUGACUUAUUGGCUGAGAAUUUUCCACCGAUAGGGGAUUUUGUUUUCUUUUGUUUUUUAUAUUUUUUUUUGGAUAGAUUCCCAUAGGGGUCUUCAUUUCUUCGGGGUGUGAGAUGCUGGUCCGACGCCUUGGCUACUUCAAUUAUUAAAUUGUCAUUUAAUUCAAUUUGUCAACAAUGGCUCAAGGGCAUAUCUACUUCUUGGGGUUUAAAAAAGAAAAUACUCCGCUGCAGCUGCCCCUUCGGGUUUCCUUUUUUUUUUUUAAUACUCUAACUCGAAUAUCCGAAAGCAGCACCCUCAUAAAAAAUAAAAACCAAACAUAAUAAGUGAAACUGUUUCCGGUCUUGGGACACUGCUCGUCUGACCAACCCCCUCUGAUUAGUGUGUUUGCAUUAAAAAAUACAUCAAUAUAUGCAUUCAUUUGUGUAUUUGUAUCCCGCUGAAUAAAAAAGAGAAUAAAAGUGCGAUAACAAAAACCCAGCAUGGACAGCAUGUGAGGGUCAAGCCCAGGGAGCAGCUGCAUUUGUUUGAAGUUCUUUAAAAAAAAACUACACAUAGGAGUAGAAGUCUGUGUGGAAUCAAAAUCGAUACAAGCAUAAAUUUUCAGUUGCCAUGGCUAUUGAUCAAAGGACACUCCACCCUCCUCCGCCCCUCAGGGACACUGGAUUCCUAGCGUUUUUGGCAGUUAAUUAUUUGUCACGUGUCCAUGCAAAUUUCAUCUCAUUGAUUACCGCCAGGACAUCCGAUCCUUUUCCGCCUAACGGCGCUGCAAUUAAAGAUUUGACUCGAGAAACCAACCCCUCCUCGGACCUGACCAGAGGGAUGGUAGGCAAAUUUCAUAAAUAUUUUUCCCAAUUUUUCCCGAUAAUGUCAGCCCAUUGAAUUUUUAUGGCAAUUUUGGAAAAAUGUUCGUUUGGCGAAAACAUUUUUAGGGCGGUGUUUGGCGGCAAUGUGCUGGACUGGACCGGAGCCACCCCGAUUGCUCAGGGUGCUCGUCCUGCCAUUAUAUUUGCAUGUUUAAAAGUGUUCUGGAAAAAUUGCAAUUUAUGAAAAAUGAAACGAGAAGAAAAGAAAGAAAAAAAAUGAUAUAUUCGCCAAGGGUGACUUAGUCGCUACCCCCGUAGAAAUAUUUCCAUGCAAAUUCUUGACUUUAUUUUGGGCUCGGGUUUUUCGGCAAUGGUUUUCCAUUAAUUUUAUUUCGUUUCGAAUUGCCAUUUUCGGUUCAAAUUGCAAAUAGCAAAUUGCAAACUGUAACAACCCUCACACAAGCGAGAGCGCACAAAUCAAAAGAAUUAUAUGAAUAUGUUUUCUAUAAGUAUAAAGCUAAAUAAAUUAUACACAAAGAAUAAAAACUUGCAACGUACCUUGAGCAUAAAUCAAAAUUUUGUACGACCUCAGAUAAAAGUUUGUUAAGGUCCUCCAGCGAAUAAAAAACCAAAAACCAACAAAAUCAAAAACACAAUUUUAUUAGAAUUAAGCUAAAAAUAAAAACAAAAAUGACACUCUUGAAUAUUUUAGUUUUAGUUGUACUUAAGCAACCAAAUUGGUAAAUUAUUAAUUUAAUUAAUGUUGAAAUUGGAACAAAGGAAGGUCGAUGAAAAUGAGAAUGUAACGCAAAGACGUGAAUGAGCGCAAAAUCAAAAGCCACGAGCAAAAAUCAAAACAAAAUUAAAUUUAAAUUAAAUAUAAAUGCAAAAAAAACACAUUUAUUUAGCAAUUGGCAAAUGUAAAAGAUAUAUACACUUAUAUAUACAUAUUACAUAUAUAAUUAAACAAUUUUACUUUGUUAAUAAUUAAAACUAUGUGUGAAACAAAAUUAAAAACAAACACAAAACCUAAAACUAAAAAAAAAACAUAAUUUAUAUAUUAUUGUGUAAAAUGUGAAGGAGCAGAGAAUCAAAAUGGUGGACAAAACCAAAAACAUUUUUCAUUUCAUUGUAAGUGAGCAUUUAUCAAAAAUUGUAUGUGUUUUAAAUUGAUUAUAUUAAAUAUAUAUACAAAUACAUAUAAAUAAA